GGGAGGAGGGAGGGCAGGGAGGGACAUGCCUGGGAAGAGGCUCCCGAGCGCGGGGUCUCCCGGGAGAGGCUCGCGGCCGCAGCCCCCCCGCCUCUCGCCGGGUCUGCAGGGGCGCUGCCGGCGGGUCCGGGCCGCGGUUCCCCGGGGCGCGCUGGCCUCGCCCCCCGCCGCGAAGGGCCGCCCGGGUCUCCGAAGCCCCGGAGGGUCGCCUCGCCGCGUUGGAAGCCCUCCCCAGCUACAGCCAAGUCGGGACCAUCAAUCAUCCUUACUACAGAGGAAGGGAAGUUGAUGGACGGUAAGACUGAAGAUCCCAGACGUUAACAGGCACCCUCAUUACGCAGCAGAGGACUUCCCGCAGGGCCCUGGGGGUUUCCAGCGUCCGCGCCCUGCUGCAAUCAAUCCCAGAGCAGGGACUUGGGCUGCUCAUUGCCCCACCUGGUGAAGCAUGGCACCCAGCCUGACUUGCACCGGCGUGAUCUGGGCGUUGCUCUCAUUUCUCUGUGCUGUCACCUCCUGCGUGGGGUUCUUCAUGCCUUACUGGCUGUGGGGCUCACAGCUGGGCAAGCCCGUGUCCUUCGGCACUUUCCGGAGGUGCUCAUACCCUGUGCAUGAUGAGAGCCGGCAGAUGAUGGUGAUGGUGGAGGAAUGCGGGCGCUACGCCUCCUUCCAGGGCAUCCCCAGCGCGGAGUGGAGGAUCUGCACCAUCGUGACGGGCCUGGGCUGUGGCCUCCUCCUCCUGGUGGCCCUCACUGCCCUCAUGGGCUGCUGUGUGUCGGAGCUCAUCUCCAGGACUGUGGGAAGAGUGGCUGGAGGAAUUCAGUUUCUGGGGGGCUUGUUGAUUGGUGCUGGCUGUGCCCUCUACCCCUUGGGCUGGGACAGUGAGGAGGUCCGGCAGACUUGUGGCUACGUUUCUGGCCAGUUUGACCUGGGGAAGUGUGAAGUUGGCUGGGCAUACUACUGCACCGGGGCGGGUGCCGCCACCGCCGUGCUGCUGUGCGCGUGGCUGGCCUGCUUCUCGGGCAAGAAGCAGAAGCAGUACCCCUACUGAGCCGGAGCCGCGGGGAGCAGAGGAGGCGGCCCGAGGGGCUUGCAGGGGCCGAAGCCUCCAGCCGCUUUCGCAAGGUGGCCGACUGCCCCUCACCCAUCCAGUGUAAGGAAAUGAAACCAGGUGGAAUCAAGAACGUCACCCAAUGUGGAAGAAUUGCACAAGGUUUGUGAAAAAAAAAUGGAGAGCAUGGAAUGAUAGAGAAAAGGGACCAAACGCUGAAAUAUUGCAGGAUGUUGGGUGUUUGUAUUCCACAGAAGACUGUUCACGUAGAACACGUACACACACAAGCAAUUAUAUAUGCAAACAAGGUUUGGUUUUUUUGUGUUUUUUGAAGCUGAGGAUUCUGAGAACAGAAAGGGCUAGUCGAAAGUGGGGUCCGUUGGGAAGCAGGGUAACGGGCCAGUGUUCCCUGUAGGUCAUGGCGCUUCGGAAAGCACAGGCAGACGCAGCCCCACUUGUGCCCUUGCACAGACACAUGGUCGCAGACGGUAUGGGGGGGUGCAGCGGGGCACCACGACUCUGUUUCCUUUUUAAUACACAUUUAAGCCACAGUAUUAUCACUUUAUAAGGCAUACAUUACACUCAAUAAGUGGACCAAUAGACCACUCUAUCAGUAUUUUGUGUAUCUGGCAUAGACUCUUCUGUCCUCAACAUAUGAAAACAUGCCCGUUUUCAGCAUUUAUGCGCACUUAUGAGUUAAGCCUUUGUAUUUCAAUAUUAUUCAAAAAUAUGCAAUAUUUCUCAGAGUAGCUUCUGCUGUGAUAUCCUUACAAAGUGGAAGGGCAACUUUCCACUAUCGGAGAGAGUUCAGUUGCCGAAACGAGAGUAAUGAGAGACAUUUUCCAGUCAUUAGACCUUGUUUUCUUUCAUCCAUUGUUGUACUGUGCUGACUGCAUUUAUUUCAAUAUUCAUUUUGUAAAAAAAUCAAAAAGUGCCAUUUUGUUUGUAUGUGAAAAGCUCUGUGAAUAAAUUCUUUCUUUGAUCAAUA